GUUUGUCUCUGUUUCACCUUUCCUUGCUAUCUUCUCUGCUUUGCCUUUGCUCUUUGUUCUACCAUCAAAACCCCUCACAUCCGUUUGUGUCGCGUACCCGUCUUUCGUUACUUGCGAAGCGAAACACGUUCAACUUGACCUUGCGAUAACAGAGAGCGAGAGCAUCACAACAAGCGCACGCAUUACCAGAACAGAAACACCCAGCGAGAAGGAACACUACCGCCAAGAUGGGCAAAGCAGCCAGAGCGGCGUGCAUUUUCGUGCCGAUGGCACUCACCAUCGCCGCCUUCGUCUGCGGCGUCCUCCUGCAAGUUGCAGGCUGGAACACACUCGACUCGUACUACUUCUUCCGAGCGAACCUCACAGACCUAAACGUCGAAGGAACAGGAGGCGGCAGCAAUAGCGUCCUGAACGAUGCGAUCGGUCAAAUCAGAACAGCAGGCGGAAUUGGCCAGAUCUACGAUAUUUACCUGUGGAACUACUGCUACUCGAAUCAGACGGAUGGAAGUGAUAAGGACUGCACUGGCAGGAAGGCAUCGUUUGUCUUUGACCCGAUCAAGGAGUGGGGUUUGGAGAGCACGAACAGCAGUGGUAGCACAAGCGACAGCAGCUCGGAUAAUGUGAUUCAGAAUGCGAUUGAUAAUGUUCGAGAGAACUACGAUCAAUACGCGGAGGAAUUGUUAGGCAGCAGCGGAAAAUCUGCACUCAACGCAUACCGACACGUUGCGAAGUGGAUGUUCAUCGCCUACCAAGUCGCCUUCUGGACCAACCUCGCCGUAAUCCUCAUCGGAAUCUUCGCCCUCUUCUCCCGCAUAGGCUCCCUCUUCACCUGGAUCCUCAGCAUCGUCUCCACAUUCUUCACCUUCGCCUCCGUCGUAACCAGCACAGCCCUCUUCACAGUCCUCGUCUCGGCCCUCAACGAAGUCCUCGAACCCUACGGCAUCGAACUCUCCCUCGGCCGCCAAGCCCUCAUCGUCGGCUGGCUAGGCGUAGCAUUCUCCCUCGGCGCCACAAUUUUCUGGCUGUUUAGCAUUUGCUGCUGUUCGGGAAAGAGUAACCCACAUCAUAAAUCGAACAAGGGAGGACUAUUGCAGGCUGAGCCGAAGGGAAUGGGAUAUGGAAUGGAAGAGGGUAGAGGACGUGGGGGCUUGAAGGUUGAAAAGACGGGGGAUUAUCAACGUGUCGAGUCGCCUUAUAUGGGUGCGGCCGAUCAUGAUCAGGUUCCGUUGCAUCAGUAUGGGCAGUCGAAUCCUUAUGCUGCGCCGCAGGCUGGGUAUGAGCCUUAUAGGCAUUCGUAGAACCUGUGACAAGAGCAUGAGAUUGGGACUUGGUAUGAUUUGAUGAUUGAUCACCUACGAGCGAAAAGCAUCGCGACGGAGUUUUGGUCAAUUCGGUCGGCAAAUUGGAUUGCAACGAAGCGUCGCGAAAGAAAGAAAGGAAGAAGAAUGCAAUCCCCGCGCAAAGAAGUUUUGGUUCUUGCGCAUGCGAUGAUACCACGAAUAGCAUGGCAUAGUUGUUUCUAACAUGAUGACCUGAGAGGAACGAACAACACUUCAAUAUACAUGUAGUGUUACAAAAGCUUCCUCAUCAUUUCUCUGUAUCCUACUUCCCAUUUUUCGCGCCUUCCAAAAUAUCCCACAUCGGCCGUUCGACAAUCACAACUUCCAGCACUCGGUCCUCCUCAGUACUCGAAACAGAACUGUCUUCCAAUGGCACAACACCUAGUAUAGGGCGAUACUUGAACGUCAACCACCAAGGCUUCUCCUUUGACGCGACAACACCAGAAUCAGCCUGAUCGUCCGUGCUCUUUACGCGCGUCAAUCGAAGCUCAGACUCCUCGUCAUCCAGGUCAUCCUGAUCAACUUCGGAAGAUUCAGGCCUUGUUUGUUGCUGCUGGCUGUCCAGGUCGACGUCCAUUUGUGACCCAUUCUCGACGCGCAGCACCCUUCCUGGCAGACCGUCUCGAUCGGCAGCAGUUCUCUUGCUCCCUGCACCACUAGUUUUCACGCGCUUUGGAGUUUGCAAAUCAGCUGCACCGCCGCUGGUACUCUGUCUGCGCUUUUUGGAAGGCAGGUCCGCUGAGGCAUUCAGCAUGAAUAGCCAGUUGAAGCCGUACAACCAGAUCCGCUCUCGCUGAGCAGAGACAUCCCAGACAGCAUCGAUAACGCGAUCUCGAACUUUGUUGAAGUCCUCUGGCAAGGCUGAGGUUGGGUUGUUUCGACUCCAGUCAGUCAAUCUGCCGGCAAGGACGUCGAAUUCGUACAUUUGGUGUUUGGCAGUCAUAACCCAGAGCUUGUAAGGGCCUUUUGGCAGUUCAUGCGAAUGUGCAUGUGGAUUCUGCCUGGUUGAGUGAACUCCAGGGUUGCCAUUGACCAAGUCAUUCGAUCUUGCAUGGUUGAGAGUGGGCCGGAAAGAUAAAACGAGAGGAGUGCUGUCCAACUUUGGGAGGAGGUGUGCGGCCGGGUUCUGAGCCCAGUGCUGGCCAUAGUACACCACGAGUUCGUCGUCCUCGUCGUCAGAACUGUCUGAGGAAGAGUCAUUGUCCGAGUCACCGCCCCUCGCAUCAUCAGCUGUGACAUCGAAUGCUGGUGCAGUGGGAUCUUCGUUGCCUUCUAGAACCCAUGUGUCGAGAUGUCCAGACACGUCGCCUGCGGCCAAGACACUGCUAUCAGAAGAGAAAGUAAGCCGUGUGAUUGACUGAUCGUAGCUUCGGAAGGCAUCCAACGAAGCCAACUUUCUGUGACGCCGUUCCAGCUCCACUGUGCGACCCAGAAUCUGAACGUGCUUCGGCUUGUCCGGGACGGCGGCGGUGCGAGCGAUGUGAACUUCGUUAUCCAGCUUAACGAUGGCUAGCCACUUGCUGUCGGGAGAAAAGCGUAACGAACGAGCACCUUCCGAGCUGAGUGCACUUGGUACAUCCAGCUUGCGAGGGACGAGGACUUCCGAGUCUGGUCUUUUGCGCAGCUGGAAAGCCUUGAUCUCUGCAUCUGUGGCAGCGGCCAGUACCUUGCCGUCGUCUGAGAUUGCCGCACACCGGAUCGUCUGCUUUGUGUUGAGCGCAAUCUUCGCGACUAAUUUGCGAGGUGGCUCGGCCUCUGGGGUGUAGUCAAGAGUCUGUGUUCGUGCAAUCUUCCAAAUGCUGAUGCUGUUCUCAGCCCAGCUCACAAGUAGCCUGGCCUGACGAGCGCUUGUUACUGGAGGUUGCUGUGGCAGAUGUGGCAGAGUCCGUAUAUACUCCUUGCCAUAUUCUCGGAGGGGAGUAACGACGGGAGCCAGAUCACCGCCACCGGAAACGACCACGCUCAUGUGCUUGCUGUCAUAAGACGCCAUGGCCUUCACCUCGCUCUUGGUGUGCGUCCUUCUGUGAUGCGCUUUCGCCCAUGAUUUGCGGCCAGCAGGAUUCGUCAGAUGAUGGUACACCGCAAGCCUGCCGUCCAAGCUGCCAGUGAAAAUCGUCUGUCCGUCCUCGCUCGUGACAAUGUCGAUACAGUCAGAGUCGUGACCCUUGAUCCUCUGCGUCAAAGAGUAGGAUCUCCCAUCCCAGAACACGACGUCCCCAUUCGAAUCUCCAGACACAAUAUCUCCAUUCGGCAAGCACUUGACCUUCCAGACGAAUUUGGUCUUAGGCGCUGGCGGCACACCUGCUCCCAAGCUCAUAGUCCUCAGUAUGCUGCCGUUUCGUGUGUCAAAGAUCCGGAUGUUGCUGUCAGCGAACCCGGCCACGACCCGAUCUCUUGUCUGGUAGGUGAUGCUCAUGCAUUUCGCCUUCUUGCCAGACACCCGAGCCAGAAAUCGCCGGAAUUGCAAAUCAUUGUCCGCCGUAGACAGAAGCACAAUCGACCCAUCACCACACCCAGCAACCAAAUCUUGUGAUCUCAGCUCUUCUUUCCCACCAGGCAGUUGUCUCGGCUGCGCAGCAAAACACCACGCCUCGCUAAAAUUUCCCGUGCUCUUCUUCUUCGUCGCGCCCUUCUCAAGAUCCCAUUCUGUGACAUCCGGAGAAGAUGCUAUGCUGAAAAGUCUGUGUUGACCCAGCACCGGUUCGCCAUCGAAAUUUGUCUCAUCUGGCUCUCGAGUCCACACCAGCCCAUCGAUGCUCUUGCUGCUUGCGCCUGGAAACACCGUCUCUUGCACCCACUUUCCUCCUAGAGGAUUCCAUAUCUCAAUUUGCCCAUUAUCUCUCCCAAUCGCCAAUCUCAGCGUCGGCUGCGGGAAGCCCUUCGGAAGCUUUUCAUCGCUGGAUCGUGUGAAAGCGAUUGCUGUGAUGGGUCGUACAGGAUAUUGCACGAAGCGCGAGCGAUGGACGUCCAUAUUCGUAGACGUUUGGGCGGACGCCGUCUAGACAGACAUUUUUGCAGCGCUUGCCUGAAAUCCGUUGAUCGGUCCUAC